AUGGUUCACGCUGAUGCGUCCAAUUUUGCACAUGGCGUCACCAAAGAUGAUGCCUAUGAACAGGUUUUGAUGCAGGCCGAGGGCUUGUUUAUAGACCAGCGCAACUGGAUCUCUGACCUUGGCAGCAAUCUCGCCAACGCCGCGUCAUUGCUGUGGCACGCCUACAGGUCCCUUCCUUCUCCAAGCAAGGAAGUAAACUGGGCGGGCUUCUACGUUCUUGACCCCUCGUCUACGAAACCUCGACUCAUCCUCGGACCCUUCCAGGGGAAAGUUGCCUGCCAGACAAUCGAAUUUGGCCGUGGAGUCUGCGGUGCCGCUGCAACUACGCAGAAGACGCAGCUGGUAGCCGACGUGGACAAGUUCCCAGGCCACAUUGCCUGCGACGGUGACAGCAAGAGCGAGAUUGUGGUGCCGAUUCUUGCCAGCGCCGGGGGCAGUGGGGUGAAAAAGGUGGUGGCUAUUAUUGACGUUGAUUGCACGAUUGAGAAUGGAUUUGAUGAUUUGGAUAGGAAAUAUCUCGAGGACUUGGCGGAUCUGCUGGGCAGGAGUUGUGACUGGUAG